GGGAUCACACCGCCACACACACACACACAACUCCGGGAUCACACGACCACACACACACACACACAAACACAACUCCGGAAUCACACCGCCACACACACACACACACACACACAACUCCGGGAUCACACCGCCACACACACACACACACACACACACACACACCCCCACCCCUCCGGGAUCACACCGUCGUGCCCGUCGCGUCGACCAACAAAGCGGCGGCCGCGGCGCAUGCUCGGUGCGGCGGCAUGGUGGGCUCCUUGCUGUGUUAUGUGUUGGCGCCGCUCGCCACUCUCCUCAGCCGGAUCACAGGUCCCCACGUUGAUGAUGACACUGAGAAAGAACGUCCAGAGGAUUCGUGCUUGGAAACUGAUGAAGUAUCUGGCAGUGGUUCCGCUUCAUGGUUCCCACUUAGCAAAGACCAAAGUCUUCUGCUCCAGGAUUGGCUAGGCGUGCCAAGUCCAGUUUCAGUAGAGGAGAAGGGCACAAGUGCCGAUGCUGAUCAGGUCCCCCAGCGUUCUCUGACAGAGAUCCUGGAGGCAGAAGAAGCCGCCAUGACAUGGCAGCAAGCGAGAAGCAGGCCAACAGUGGGCCCGCAGGUGGAUCCGUGCCCAGUUGCUGCAGACCAGGGGAACACUGAGGACCAGGGGACAUCUCCACCAGACACCUCCGUGAGCUGGCCACCCUCCCUUCCACAGGGUGCAAAGAGGGAGACCCCAGGUUGGAUGCCAGCAUCUCCCCAGAGUGCAGUUAGGGUCCUCCGACCCCCUCCGACUAGGUGGCAGUUCCACCCUCAGCAGUAUGACCACCAGGACGUGGGCACGACUGAUUGGCAGUUGAUGGCAUCGCACAGCAUGAGCCAGCCUGGUGGCAGCCCGAUGUGGCACAUGUCCACUGCAUUAGGUGUGAAUGAAGCAUCAGCAAAUACACUGUGGCAGUUCCAAAAUGAAGGGGAUCUUCUGAUGAACAUAGGCCAACUAACCAGAACGUGGGAGCCUUUAAAGAAACAGCGUGCGGAUGAAGCCAGUAAAGGCAGCCUGUUUGAGUUCACCAUCAUGUCAUACAAUAUCCUAUCACAGGAUCUUCUGGAGACUAAUAAAGGUCUCUACUCUCACUGCCAGCCGGAGUUUCUGACCUGGGAAUUUCGAUUCCAGAAUAUUAUGGAGGAGUUUGAGUCCUGGGAUGCUGAUAUUAUGUGCCUGCAGGAAGUUCAGGAAAACCAUUACUAUCAGCAGUUUCGGCCAGCUCUCCAGCUAAGGGGUUAUGACUGCUUAUACAAACGGCGCACUGGCAUCAAGACAGAUGGGUGUGCUGUGUGCUUUAAGCGGGACCGGUUUAGUUUAGUCUCUGAGCACCCUGUGGAAUAUUUCCGACCCAUUGUGGAAACGUUGAACAGGGACAAUGUGGCACUGCUGGCUUUGCUCCGGCCCCUAACUCCAGGCUCCGGCCAAGACGCCUCAAAGCUGCCCGACAUCUGCGUGGCGAACACUCACCUCAUCUUCAACCCGAGGCGGGGGGACAUCAAACUCACCCAGCUAGCUGUGUUGUUUGCUGAAAUUCAGCAGGUGGUGCAGGCAGCUCAGAGUGAUGGCACACCUUGCCCCAUCAUCCUCUGUGGGGAUCUGAACUCUGUCCCAGACUCCCCUCUGUAUAAACUCAUCUGCAAUGGAGAGCUGUACUAUUAUGGAAUACCUACCUGGAAGGUAUCCUGUCAGGAGGAUUACUCUUAUCAGUUUUGUCCGAGGAAACUCUACGGUCCUCUGUGGCCGAGCAGACUCAGGAUAACUGACAACUGUCAGUAUGUCGGCGUGUGUGAGAAGAAGACUACAGGAAUACGGAGGUAUGGCCGUGAGUUCCUCCUCCAGUUUCGAUACUCCACACCAGCACUUGUGCGGCCAGAGCAUCUUGAUUUUAUUGAAGGCGUAACGGAUGCUAAACCAGAACCUCCUGGAGAUGGGUCGGAGCGCUACGUCAGUGUGUCUGAUCCAGAGGAUGAACUCUUCUGUAAAAGGUCUCCCACCACCAUCCGACACAACCUCAACCUGACCUCGGUCUACACUCAUUUUCAGUCUGACACAGGACGACCUGAGGUCACGACCUGCUCGUCGGGCUUUGGCCUCACUGUGGAUUACAUAUUCUACUCUGCGCAGCCCGUUGCUGAUACAAGUAGAAAAGGGCACCGGCGAUACCAGGAUGGACCACUGAAGCUGCUGGGUCGGCUGCCCCUUCUCUCCGAGCAUGACAUCUGGCUGGCUAAUGGUUUACCCAAUGCCGUCUGCUCAUCUGAUCACCUGUCCCUCUUGGCCAAGUUUGGGCUGAAGCCCCACAGUUGAUCUUACAAAGAAAUGGAGAGUGAACAGUGAGACUUGCUCCUGGCAGGUGCCUUUGCAAAGCUUUUUGGACAGAUGCCCCUCGGGUGGGUAGAAUGAAGUUCCUUGUAGGGUAUAUAAUUACCAUUUUAUGGUCUGAAUUAGGCUAUUUUAAUCUUUUUGCUUUUUUUUAGUGGUCUGGAAUAUCGAGUACACUGCUUUAAGAUAAUGAAAAUACAGUUGGCCUUUUGGUGGGGGUCUGGAACAAGUAGGCUGAUGAUUUUGUCACCAAGAGUUUCCAGAAUGUGAUUUUCUUUCAUUUGUUUCCCAGGCAAGAGCUUACUUGAAAGCCAAUUGGACACAGUGAUAAUUUGCCAAGUGUUAUUUCUGGGCACUUUCUGUUCGCCCCCCAUACAUACCUGUGGCUGGAUGUGGAACUGUGCUGGAUUCCCUAGAAGCAAACCAUUCUAUAUUCCUUUCAUUUGCACUAUACAAGGCAGAGUCCACUGUCUGUUAACCAAAUCUGAGCUUUCUUUUCCCCUCUGGCCCUGGAGUUUUAAAAUCUUCCUUCUGCUUCUCAGUAGGUCGCAGUCAAUUCAGAAACAGUCCUGGUUUGCACCUUUGGACAGGCAUGCAUGGAUUGGGGAAGGGAUGGGAACGGGGUGGUUUUUAAAUCCCUCUAGGGAACUAGUACAUUAAUUCAACACAAACAGGUUCUUCUUCCUUCUCAAACAUAGUCUGGCAUACAUAAAUACCCCUGACUCUGGCCUUUCCCAUUCCAUAUAUAUCUAUGUGUGUUUCUGACACACACAUAUAUUCUGGACCUUGUCAGCAAAAUAGUGUCGUGAUCCCUGACUCUGAAAUUCUUUCCUUUAAUGAAAGCAGUAUCAGGGUUCUGUCUUCUUUCCAUGGUAGCCUGACUGAGUUAGGAGUUAGUAACAGGUGUGAGGCUCUCUCUAUCCCUGCAUCAGAUUUCCAGGGGAUUCCCUGCUGCUUGUAGAUGAAGCAGCUGAAGAGUGGGUUGACUCAGGAAGACCAGAACUAUUGGAGACAAAUUCACCAAAAAUAAAGGGUUCUGUACCUGGUACCCUCUCUAAUUUCUUUGUUGCUGGAUAAACAACCAAAAACAACACACAUAAAAAGUGCUUUAGGAACUCAGCAAGUCAGGCAGCUUCUACAGAGGAGAAUAAGAAUAUUAAUGUUUUGGGCCAAGAUCCUUCAUCAGAACAGAUCUUCUCAGCCUGAAACGGCGACUGUUUAUUCCCCUGCAUAAAUCCUACCUGAUCUGCUGAGUUCCUCCAGCAGUUCGUGUGUGUUGCUGAGUAUUUCCAGCAUCUGCAUGAUCUCUUGUGUUUAUAAACGAAUGUUUUGAGUUUGAAGACUGAUAAUGAGGCAAGAGAUUUCAGGUGCUGGAAUCGGGAGCAACAAACAAAUGCUGGAGGAACUCCACGGGUUAAGCAGCAUCUACAGGCAUGGAGUUUGGGGUGUGGAUCUGUUGAGGGGUCUCGAUCCGAAAUGUCAACUGUCCAUUUCCCUCUGCAGAUGCUGCCUGACUGAGCUGCUCCAGUGGUUUAUUUUUGCUGACUGUUGUCUGCCUGUGCUUUAACUGUGUGAUGCAGUCAAUGGACUGAAUAUUGUCUUUCUGUCACAGCGGAGUGCUUUUUGCUCUCCGAACUGAAAAUCAGAGCCUUUCCACAAGUUCACUGCCAAAUCCCAGCCACUCCUGCUUGCUCCGUUUUUCAGACUGUUUCUUUCUCUCUCCUUGACCCUGAGCCCCUCUCCAGGGAAGGGGCAAUGGCUGGGAUUCCCAGCACGUCUCGUCCUCAAUUCAGGAUGAGGUGAGUGUGUGAAUCGAGGCCCCGCUCGAAGCUCCUCGCUCUCCCACUCGUCAUGUUCAGGUAAUAAGGAAGAGCAGAGUGAGCUUUAUUUGGCUUGUGUUUCAGUGGCACAGUGCUCAAAAUGUUGUCCCAGUAGUCACAUGGAGCUGUCUUAUCUCGUGCCAGGGAGUGCAAGGCAUUGGUUCCUAGGCUCUGCUGAGCGUUUAGCAAGUGCCACCACACAGCAUGGCCUCUUCCCACACAACUUUACAUUGUGUUGUGUGCUGCUGGGGCUGAGAAUGAUGUGCACCUUACUGUGGAAGGGAAUCCAUGUUCAGUACCUGUAACACUAAAUUUGGACAUUCUCGAAAUAGGGGGAGGAAAUAAAGGAGCUAAGUACAGCCCUUCAGACCUCUUCUACUUGAACUUAGGGCUGAUCUGUCUCUGAACUCAAUGUGUCCUUGCAGUGAACCUUUUAAUGUAGAGGUGAUGAGCCAGGUUUCUUCUGGUGUGCAGAUUCCGUGUUGGAAUGGGUAUAGGUGCUAUAGGAAAAGGACCCAUCCUGGCUAAUCAGGACACUUAAUGUACCAGCCACUUGGGCAGGUUAAUGUCACUGCAGACACUGCGAUAAAGUCAAUGAAGUGAGGGAGUGUAGGAACCUCUUAAAUUGUGUUUUGAGGCUUCGUGUCUCAUCCUUAAUCAUCGCGCAUUUUGGAAAUGAAUCUUGUGUCUCAAACCAAUGAGCUAUAUUGUUACGCAAACACGAGGAAUUCUGCAGAUGCUGGAAAUUCAAGCAACGCACAUCAAAGUGGCUGGUGAACGCAGCAGGCCAGGCAGC